CUCUAUAAAAUUAACCACACAUCCCUCUCUAACUCAUUUUCUUUCUGUCUCUCACUCCCUCUGACUGCACAAAUCCUUGAGCAACUUUGUCAACAUGUCACAGGUCCAGCAGGCAAUGGCAUUGCUCAUCUCAGCCUUCCACAAGUACUCUGGCAAGGAGGGUGACAAGCUGACCCUGAGCAAGGGGGAGCUCAAAGACCUGCUCAGUGCAGAGCUGGGAGAUCUGCUAGGGAAAACCACUGACCAGGCACAAGUUGACAAGAUCUUCAAAGAUCUGGAUGCCAACAAGGAUGGUUCUGUGGACUUCCAGGAGUAUGUCACCCUGGUGGCCUGUCUCACCAUGCUCUGCAAUGAGUUCUUCCAAAAAAAGUGAAAGGGCACAUCCCAGUCAAUGGAUCUAGAACUGCAGCUCCUGCUUUAUUUUACAUUGGCAGCCUCAUCUAUUCAGGUUCAGAGAGGGAGAGAAAUGCAGGUUUACACA